AUGCUCGAAGCGGAUGUUCACUGGAAUGAUGCAUUCGACUGGGAAGCAACCGCACAACCACGUGCGCUGUUUUCUGCCGACGGGAUCUCAUCCACAUCGGCUGCAAUUGUCACAUUUUCGCAAUCGCAUGCUCCGGCGGUCAACAAUCCCGCGAUGACACCAACUGCAUCCACCGAAUCCUCAUCUCUUCAAAUGCUGCCAAUUGAAUAG